AUGGAGUCGCUCCUGCUGCCGGUGCUGCUGCUGUUGGCUGUACUAUGGACGCAGGCGGCCGCCCUCAUUAACCUGAAGUACUCCGUAGAAGAGGAGCAGCGCGCCGGGACGGUGAUCGCCAACGUAGCCAAGGACGCCCGCGAAGCGGGCUUUGCUCUGGAUCCACGGCAAGCCUCUGCUUUCCGUGUGGUGUCCAACUCGGCUCCGCACCUGGUAGACAUCAAUCCCAGCUCGGGCCUGCUGGUCACCAAGCAGAAGAUCGACCGCGACCUGCUGUGCCGCCAGAGCUCCAAAUGCAUCAUCUCACUUGAGGUCAUGUCCAGCUCAAUGGAGAUAUGCGUAAUUAAGGUGGAGAUCAAGGACUUGAACGACAAUGCGCCCAGCUUCCCUGCGGCACAGAUAGAGCUGGAAAUCUCAGAGGCGGCCAGCCCGGGCACACGCAUCCCUCUAGACAGCGCCUACGAUCCGGAUUCUGGCAGUUUCGGCGUGCAGACAUACGAGCUCACACCUAAUGAGCUGUUUGGCCUGGAGAUCAAGACGCGGGGCGAUGGCUCACGCUUUGCUGAACUCGUGGUAGAGAAAAGCCUGGACCGUGAGACACAGUCACACUACAGCUUUCGAAUCACUGCUCUCGACGGAGGCGACCCGCCACACUUGGGCACUGUUGGCCUCAGCAUCAAGGUGACCGACUCCAAUGACAACAACCCAGUAUUUGGCGAGUCCACCUAUGUGGUGAGUGUGCCAGAGAACUCACCUCCAAACACACCUGUCAUCCGCCUCAAUGCCAGCGACCCAGAUGAGGGCACCAACGGCCAGGUGGUUUACUCCUUCUAUGGCUACGUCAAUGACCACACUCGUGAGCUCUUUCAGAUUGACCCCCACAGUGGCCUCGUCACGGUCACUGGGGCCCUAGACUAUGAAGAGGGCCAUGUGUACGAACUGGACGUGCAGGCCAAGGAUCUGGGACCCAACUCUAUCCCGGCACACUGCAAGGUCACCGUCAGUGUUCUGGAUACCAACGACAACCCGCCGGUUAUCAACCUACUGUCUGUCAACAGCGAGCUGGUAGAGGUGAGCGAGAGCGCCCCCCCGGGCUAUGUGAUUGCGUUGGUGAGGGUGUCUGAUCGCGAUUCUGGCCUCAAUGGGCGAGUGCAGUGCCGUUUGCUGGGCAAUGUGCCCUUUCGGCUGCAAGAGUACGAGAGCUUCUCCACUAUCCUGGUGGACGGACGGCUGGACAGAGAGCAGCAUGAUCAGUACAACCUCACGAUCCAGGCGCGCGACGGCGGAAUGCCUAUGCUGCAGAGUGCUAAGUCCUUUACUGUGCGCAUCACUGAUGAGAACGACAACCACCCGCACUUCUCCAAGCCUUAUUACCAGGUAAUUGUGCAGGAGAACAACACGCCUGGCGCCUAUCUUCUCUCUGUUUCUGCCCGAGAUCCAGAUUUGGGUCUCAACGGCAGUGUCUCCUACCAGAUAGUGCCAUCGCAGGUGCGAGACAUGCCUGUCUUCACCUACGUCUCCAUCAACCCCAACUCCGGCGACAUCUACGCGCUGCGGUCCUUCAACCACGAGCAGACAAAAGCAUUUGAAUUCAAGGUUCUGGCCAAGGACGGCGGCCUGCCCUCCCUGCAGAGCAAUGCCACGGUUCGGGUCAUCAUUCUCGAUGUUAAUGACAAUACCCCAGUCAUCACGGCCCCACCACUGAUCAAUGGCACUGCUGAAGUAUACAUCCCCCGCAACUCCGGCAUAGGCUAUCUGGUGACUGUCCUCAAAGCAGACGACUAUGACGAAGGCGAGAAUGGCCGUGUCACCUACGACAUGACCGAGGGAGAUCGCGGCUUCUUUGAAAUAGACCAGGUCAACGGCGAGGUCAGAACCACUCGCACAUUCAGCGAGAGCUCCAAGGCUUCCUAUGAACUUAUUGUGGUGGCCCACGACCACGGCAAGACAUCUCUCUCCUCCUCUGCGCUCAUCCUAAUCUACCUGUCCCCUGCUCUCGAUGCCCAGGAGUCAAUGAGCUCAGUGAACUUGUCCCUGAUUUUCAUUAUUGCUCUGGGAUCCAUUGCGGGCAUCCUCUUUGUCACUAUGAUCUUCGUGGCAAUCAAGUGCAAACGAGACAAUAAAGAGAUCCGGACCUACAACUGCAGGAUCGCUGAGUACUCCUAUGGGCAUCAAAAGAAAUCAAGCAAGAAGAAAAAAAUCAGUAAGAAUGACAUCCGCCUGGUACCCCGGGAUGUGGAGGAGACAGACAAGAUGAAUGUUGUCAGUUGCUCCUCCCUGACCUCCUCCCUCAACUAUUUCGACUACCACCAGCAGACAUUGCCCCUGGGCUGCCGUCGCUCUGAGAGCACUUUCUUGAACAUGGAGAACCAGAAUACCCGCAAUACCAGUGCCAACAUCUAUCAUCACUCUUUCAACAGCCAGGGCCCCCAGCAGCCAGACCUGAUAAUCAAUGGUGUACCUCUGCCUGAGACUGAAACCUAUUCUUUUGACUCCAACUAUGUGAACAGCCGAGCCCAUUUAAUCAAAAGCAGCUCCACCUUCAAGGACUUAGAGGGCAACAGCCUGAAGGAUAGUGGACAUGAGGAGAGUGACCAGACUGACAGUGAGCAUGAUGUCCAGCGGAGCCUGUAUUGUGAUACUGCUGUCAAUGAUGUGCUGAAUACCAGUGUGACCUCCAUGGGAUCCCAGAUUCCUGACCAUGAUCAGAAUGAAGGAUUUCACUGCAGGGAAGAAUGCCGGAUUCUUGGCCACUCUGAUAGGUGCUGGAUGCCCCGGAACCCCCUGCCCACACACUCCAAGUCGCCUGAGAAUGUGGGGAACAUCAUCGCUCUGUCCAUUGAAGCUACUGCUGCUGAUGUUGAGGCUUAUGACGACUGUGGCCCCACAAAGCGGACCUUUGCAACCUUUGGAAAAGAUGUCAGCGACUACCCAGCUGAGGAGAGGCCCACCCUGAAAGGCAAGAGGACUGUUGAUGUGACCAUCUGCAGCCCCAAAGUCAAUAGUGCUGUCCGAGAAGCAGGCAAUGGCUGUGAAGCUAUUAGCCCUGUCACCUCCCCUCUGCACUUCCAGAGCCCUCUUCCCAUCAAGCCUUCCAUGUCUUACAGCAUUGCCCUUGCGCCACCUGCCUGUGACCUGGAACAGUAUGGCACCAAUAUCAACAAUGGCCCUUCUCGUCCUUCUGAAGCUGAGCCUCGUGGAGCUGACAGCGAGAAAGUCAUGCAUGAAGUAAACCCCAUUCUGAAGGAGGGUCACAGCAAAGAGUCUCCUGGCAUGAAGCGUGUGAAGGAUAUCAUUCUCUAAACCAGUCUUGGGGAAGGAGAGAAAUCACGCUGGCUAAUGAAGAAGCAGGAGCUGAUCAUUUUAAUUGCUCACCAGUUGUUGGUUCUUGAGUGGCUGUAUUUCAGAGC